AUGGCUACCGCUACCGUCACCGAAUUCGUCACCCGAACGGUGAAUGCUACCGCAGCCACCAGUUCCGCCGCGAACCGAGCAACGCCCCAAGGCGGUGUCUUCGAACAUGUCAACCCGAGUCACUAUGACCCUAAAAACCCCAUCAUCCUCUUCAUCAUCCAGGCCGCCAUUGUCAUUAUCAUGACCCGCAUCAUUCAUUGGCCUUUGGCCUUACUCCGCCAACCCCGGGUCAUUGCAGAGGUCCUCACGGGCAUUCUUCUGGGCCCCUCGGUCAUGGGCAGAAUCCCUGGGUUCACGACUCACAUCUUUCCCACCGAGUCCAUGCCGGCGUUUACCUUGGCGGCAAACCUCGGCUUGGUGUUGUUCUUGUUCCUCGUCGGCCUGGAGGUGGACUUGCGGUUCUUGGCGAGCAACUGGCGGAUUGCCCUGAGCGUGGGUGCGCUCGGCAUGGCUAUUCCUUUUGGACUCGGCUGUGCCAUCGCAUGGGGCCUGUAUCGGGACUUCCGGAGCGACGCAGGCCUGGCUCCCAUCAGCUUUGGUGUCUAUAUGCUCUUUAUCGGCGUUGCCAUGGCCAUCACGGCUUUCCCGGUGUUGUGCCGUAUCCUGACGUCGUUGAAACUGCUCGGGACGCCUGUCGGUGUGAUCGUUCUCUCGGCAGGCGUGGGCAACGAUGUCGUCGGCUGGAUAUUACUUGCCCUCUGCGUCGCCCUCGUCAACUCCGGCGCGGGUCUCACGGCUCUAUGGAUUCUGCUGGUGGCUGUAGGCUAUAUCCUCUUCCUGGUGUUUCUGGUCAAACCUAUCAUGAUGUGGUUCCUGCGAAGGACCGGGAGCCUCGCCAAUGGACCGACGCAGACGGUCGUGGCCCUCACCAUCCUCCUUGUUCUGGCGUCGGCGUUCUUCACGGGCAUAAUCGGCAUUCAUCCCAUCUUUGGCGCAUUCAUCAUCGGCCUGCUGCUUCCCCACGAAGGAGGCUUCGCCAUCAAGCUGACGGAGAAGAUCGAGGAUCUCGUCAGCGUCCUAUUCCUCCCUCUCUACUUUGCCUUGUCCGGCCUGAGCACCAAUCUGGGGCUCCUCAACAACGGCCUGACGUGGGGUUACGUCGUCGGUGUCUGCGCAAUCGCCUUUUUCGCCAAAAUUGCUGGUGGCACGUUGGCGGCGCGGCUGAAUGGACUGGUCUGGCGCGAAUCCUUCACCAUUGGCGUACUCAUGUCGUGCAAGGGUCUCGUCGAGUUGAUCGUGCUGAACAUCGGUCUGCAGGCCAAGAUCCUGAGUACGCGUACGUUCACAAUCUUUGUGGUAAUGGCCCUGAUCACCACCUUCGCGACCACGCCGCUCACCGUGUGGCUCUACCCACCAUCCUACCAGCGGAAGCUCGAGCUUUGGAAACAAGGCAAGAUCGACUGGGACGGGAACCCGAUCCAGCGCGCCGACGACGAUGACACCGAUUCUGGCGAAGCGGACAAACUACGCAAGACCGACGUCGCCCGACGCAUACUCGUCUACCUGCGUCUCGACGGCCUGCCCAGUCUGUUUACCAUGGUGUCCCUGUUCGCGCAGAAGCCGGAACCAGCAGAACCGCCACACGUGCCUACAACCGCCACUGGGCACGGGCUAGACAACAACCCUCAAGACGAGCCGCCCGUGAUGAAGAACGCCCACGCGCUCAGCUCGGUCGCGACGCUGCGUCGCCCGCUGCAAGUCCACGGCCUCCGACUCAUGGAACUGACGGAGCGAAAUUCCAGCGUGAUGCGCGUGGCCGAGAUUGAAGAGUUCGCCGGGCGCGACCCCGUCAUCAAAGCGUUCGGCACGUUCGGCCAGUCGCGCGACAUUGCGGUCGGCGGGCAGAUCGCCGUCGUGCCCGACUAUUCCUUCUCCGGGACGCUGAUUUCACGGGCAAGAGACCUGGCCAGUGACUUGGUCCUGAUUCCCUGGUCCGAAACGGGCACCCUGUCCGAGUAUCCCAGCCUGUUUGACACCAAGCCGGGGGACCCGCUGGCGAACAAGCAGUUCUCCACGCUCGCGGCCGAAAUGUUCGACAAGGCCAGGUCGUUAUGCCACGUCGGCGUCGUGCUCGACAAGAGCAUCCUGUGCACGCCGCCCGGCAACGGUGCCAAUGCCGGUUACACUUCCGGUUCGAAGCCCGAAUCGCCCGUGGCGGAACGGCCGAACCGUCAACUCAGCAGGACGCUCACGGGCAUCAGUCUGGGCGGCGACUACAUGAACUCCACCGUGCACUUCAAACUGCCAGACAGCGGACGAUACCGACUGGUCGCACUAUACCAACCCGAUGGCGAGGACGACCUGUUUGGCGUGCGCCUGGGCCUUCAACUGGCCAAAAACGACCUCGUCGACCUGAAGAUUCUAUGCGUCCGCAGUGGUGAUUCGGACGUCGACGUGGACCCGCCUGCCCACGACGACGACAAGAACCACCACCACCACGACCACCGCCGCCACCACGACGUGAAUAAAGUGCGCUCACCCAAGACGCCGACAGACUACGAAUUCGACGUAUUACGAUCAAGCAUCUCGACCAGCGAAUCGAGCGCCCGCGUCACGGUCCUCGACGUCGACGUCCCCGCGCUGGAAGCCCUCACGACCGCCCUAUCCGAGCCCUCUUCGGCCGAAACGCUGCUCAUCCUCGGUCGCGGAUCGCACUACGCAGCAGCAGCCGCUGGACCCGCCGCGAGGGGAGGAGGAGGAGGAGGAGGAGGAGGAGAUACGGGUGGCAUGUCCGGGUCGGGUGUUCUGUCCCCGUCAGGCCCUUCGACUUUGUCCUCUUCCUCCUUUUCUCCGCGCGAGGACUCUCGCACCCUGGGACCCUUGGCCACGCGAGUCGUCAGGUUGAUUCGAGACCGACAGAUCGGCGCGAGCGUGCUGGUCGUGCAGGCGAAGAGGGACGUCGAAGCACAUGCCGCCGAGGCGUUCGGUGGGUUUGGUGGGUUUGGUGGCCCGCCCAGCCUGAAGGAUGGUAGGGGUUUAGCUCUGACGAGAAAGCUGACGCAAAUGAGUGAGGAUUAA